UGGCGGUCACAGUUGUGCCCUGGACUGUAGCAGAGAGAGAGAGAGAGAGCAGCCCUCCUGCAGCCUGAUUGCUCACCACCAUGGAUGUCAAACUUCUGGCACUGAUGGCUCUGCUGGCCGUGGCCACACGCAUACCAACCUCUGACGCCAAGCCCAUCAGUCUGGUGGAGCGCUGCUGGUGUCGUUCCACCCUCAACACGGUUCCUCAGCGGUCCAUCAAAGAGCUCAAGUUUCUCCACACACCCAACUGCCCCUUCCAAGUCAUUGCCAAACUGAAGAGCAACAGGGAAGUUUGCAUCAACCCAGAGACCAAGUGGCUGCAGCAGUACUUAAAGAACGCCAUUAACAAGGUGAAGAAAUCCAGAAGACGCAACAACAAGAAGAACUAAAAUCAGGGGAUGUACGUCGUCAGGCAUCCUCAGGUUGAACCUGUAUACCUCCCUACCACUGCUCUGGAUGUAUGUAAACACGCUGUAUGUACCCGUCCACCUUUCUGGACCGCUUGUGGAACCAGCACUUCACCGCCAAUCUGUGCCAUCCCCAGCACCGCCGCCGGGCCCUCUGGACGGCCACGCAGUCAACCCUCCACGUUAGCACCAAGUGCAAUUACACCUCGCCCCUGGGAAUGAUGGGACACAUGUUGAUGUCAAAUAUAAGAGUGUGAGUGCUGGGUGAUUGACACAAGAGAGAGAAAGUGUAUUUGAAUGUGCUUCACAUGAACUAACUGUGUGUCUGUUUAAAGUAUUUUCUUACUUCACGCAGCUAUAAAGGGACCAUUUGAGCUUUCUGUCUCACACACAAGGCUUUGUGGGUAGUGCCACCUUCACUUCAUGUCAGAUUAACUAUAAAUAUGAGCUGCUGACUAAGAAAUAUAUUCUCAUUAGUCUCCUGGGAGGAAUUAUGACUGGGACUUUGUUGGAAAGUCCUUUUGAUAUAUAGGCCAGACAUUGUCAUUUAUAUAGGCCAAGUAAAAUGUAUCAGUUAUUCUCAUUCAGAUGAGAAUAACUGAUACUGAUACAAAAGAUGUAAGUUUUCCAGACUCAAAUGUAAAAGCCUCUUCUGAUAGGAAGUGAACGUGGCAUUACUCCAGGACGGAGGCGUCAUGGGACAAUUCUUGCAUUGUCUUGAAGCUGACUGCACCAUCAGGAACUAAACAGAAGCUCACACAAACUACUAAGAAACAAGCACUGAUCUUAUGGUGCUAUAUAUUCAGUAUAAUGGGUUUAUAUUAAUGGAUUUCACUGUUUAUUUUAUGCAAGAUCUAAGAAGGGUUGUUGUGACUCAGUGUCUUGAAUUCUGUUUUUGCCAGUCAGAAAACAAGAGAAUCAUCAGUUUGCAAAACGAUGCUGUUGUUGGAUAUAAAAAAACAAAAUAUAAAGCUGAUGUUAAGUUAAGGCCAUACUGUACUGAAAAUGGAAUGAAACACUUAUCAAUGCAGCUUUUUAUUGACUGAACAUAUCAGUAAAUAGAGACCAAAUAUUUAUUCAGUAAGACACUCAACUUAAAGAAACCUGUGAACUUCAAAAAACAUAACUUUGUAACAUAAUUCCUUGGAUCGUUUGACUUGUUGGAAGUAGUUUUUUACAGCUUAUCAAAGGGACUGGGUAAAUAUAUAUCAAAAUAACAGAGCAAUUAAACUGCAGUAUUUUCAUACCAACACCUGUCCUUGGUAGGAAUGAAAAGCUAAUAAAUUGUGACAGAAAACAGCUGACUGACAAACGUCACAAAGGGAAUGUUCAGUUCAUGGUGGCAAAAAGAAAGUUUCAUGAUCCUUUUUUUAUAUAUAUAUAUAUAUAUAUAUACAGUAUAUAUAUAUAUUUGAGCCACUUUAUUAUCAAAUGUGUAUUUUAAAUGUAAUUGUUUUAUUUUUAUAUUGUGUAUAAUCUUACUAAAUGCUUUUUUAAUGCAACAUAAAGUAGGUGGUAGCUACUAAAUGAAGGCUAUUCCAUAAAGUGCAAGAAACAGUAUUAAAUUUUCAUUUUUAAGGUUUCAUGCAAUAUUUUACACAUGUAAUUUGUAAUGAUUUGUUUGCAAAUGUGAUGCAACACAGUAUGCAAUACAUCCCUCCUCCAAAGAUCAGUUUUUGUUUUUUUUUAUAAUUUUGCUAAAAAAAACAAAAAACAAAACAAAUGAAAUACUGUCCUCCUGUUUUCUUGUUCUCUCCAUUGUAUUUCCUUAUCAGUCAAUCUGUGAAGUACCAUGCAUGAACUGAAUAAAAUCUGCCCAACACAUAGUGAUUGAAAACAACAUCUGUUGUCAUUGAGUCGUUACAAGAGUCAGGAACCGUUCAGCUCAGCUCACAAGUCGUCCCUGUCAAACACAUGAUUUGCUUUUUUUAAAGUUUUACUGAGGUUGAUGUAUGAUGUGUCAAUAAAGCAACUGAGCCAAAACAGAACAAAACCUUUGAGUUCAGAUUCAAGCGACCAACAUGUGCUUUCAAUUUGAACACUCCCAGCACCCCACGGGCUUUCUUUUCAAUUUCACUCAACCGCCGCCAAUGCCGCUAAAUUAGGGCCUUUUUUCCCCUUAAAAUUGUUAUGGAAGUCCUGGUGGUCAUUGUUAGGUUCUUUGUUUUGUUUUGUUUUACAUGGUCUGUUUGCCGACUGCCUGGUUAAUGGUGAUAAUCCUAUCAAUUCACAGCUGUAGUGCAAUAAUCCUGUAAGUGUAAUUCAUUUCCCAUUAAUGUAAUACAAGUUAAUGGCCAUUAAUUUUAUAUGAUUAUACUAAUUUGUUUAAACACAUUACUAAAUAUACUGAAAGUGUUCUGAUAUCUAAUGAUAAACUUCUAAUUUUAUCCAUUAUGAGAGUUCAUUCAAAGCACCAUCCACUCCUAAAUUUGCUUAUGAAUUAAUUGUUUAUUAAUUUGUUACUUCUGAGAGUUCAACCUUCUUGUUGUAUCAUGUGAUAAUUAUGGCAAUUACAGUAAAACAUUAUUACCAUUUCCCAUUAAAUAAAUUAAUGGGAUAUGUAUUUACUACACUGUUAAGAGCGUUUUUUUCAUUAAUGAUUUAUGUUAAUAUUUAGUUUUCUUAAACAGAAUUAAAGUGCAUUUAUAUUUAACCCUUGCAGCGCCACUCUAUUGUUCCUGUAGAGAACAUUUAGCAUGAUCAACUUGUGUCUGCCAAACACCUUUAUCAUCAGGCGUACAUGCCACUGGACCUUUUACAGACAAUGUUCGGAAAGUAUGUUCCCGACUAAAUAUUCACAACAAUUUGACAUGUCAAAACACAUUCAGGUUCAUCACAUUUACCAGCUACUAGUGUGUCGAUAAAUUAGUCAAAGUUGGGUGCAUGUGUUCUACUUUGGACCCCGAGACAAUGUGAAAUAAUUUUAUGUCUUUUGAGGCAGCUUUUGACACAUUUCCUUCGUAUACCUGAUAUGGAUUACUUUCACUGAAUGUAAACCAAGAGGCAAUAUUUUACCUAUGAUACUCAAACUUUUUACAAUAAAGUCCUAUGAA